GGCGCGGCUGCGACGGGCGCGUCCGCCGCGCGCAACGGCGAGUCGAACAGUUUGCUGCUGCAGCUGGACUCGCCCGUCAACGACAGCGCGCCGCCAGCGCGACUCCGGAAGAAGAGGAAGAAAAAGGAAAAGGGCAAGAAGCAGGACGACGCAGACACCAGCAGGGGGCAGAGCGCGCGGCGGAAGGCGAGCGGAGACGGCGGCCGCCCCAAGGGCAAGGGCGCCGCCAAGAAGAAGGGCAGGAAGAAGGGAACCAGGCAGGGUCCCAGAGGCGGAGCCCGCCACAAGGAAGGGCAGGGCGGAAUGCACGUCGAUCCCGGUGGGGGAUCUGCCGCGACCGGGGGGAGCACCGGGAUCCUGCACGGCGGCCGACUCGGAGGCGGGGACCCCUCCUCCGGGCCCGGGGGUGACUUCGGCGAGCCCGAGGCUCACCCGUCCGCCCCGGUGCCCCGCGGGGUGGUGCGCGAGGAGGACGCCGACCUCAGCUGCCUAGUCGGCCUCGGCGGAGGGGACGCCUCCUCGGCGGGGGGCUUCCUGCGCGCGCCGGACCUGCCUCGCGCCAACGUCCUCAAGUACACCAAGAAGCGCAACCCGUCCGCGCCCAAGAACCGCUAUCUGGUGGUGCUGUACAAGUGCAUCGCCGGCUUCACCCUCAAGGACCCCGACGUGGACCGCCUGUUCUGCAGCCGCGGCCGCUGGGUGGGCCCGCAGCCCGUGUGCGUCUCUGCGGGAGGGCUGCCGGGGCCGGGCCUCAGGCACGGCGGCGGCGGCGGCGACGAGGACGCCGACGAUGAUGCUGCCGGGGCCGGAGACGAGGACGACGACGACGAGCCCUGCGAGGACGGCGAGGACGGCGCCCUGGACUGCGAGCACGAGUGCCGGGUGGUCCGCGGGCGCGCCGGCUGCCGCUGCUUCCGGGGCUACCAGCUGGACGGCAAGAACCACUGCAUCGACGUGGACGAGUGCGCGGCCGAGAACGGCGGCUGCGCGGACCGCUGCCUCAACAGCCCGGGCUCCUUCCGCUGCGAGUGCCGCGACGGCCGGCGCCUGGAGGCGGACGGCUCGUCCUGCCGGGACAUCAACGAGUGCCUGCUCCGCAACGGCCACGGGCCGUGCCAGGACGGCUGCACCAACCUGGACGGCGGCUACCGGUGCACGUGCGACAACCUGCCGGGCACGCGCCUGGCCGCCGACAACCACACGUGCGAGGACGUGGACGAGUGCGAGGGCGACAACAACGGCUGCUCGCACACCUGCCUCAACACCAUCGGCUCGGCCUUCUGCCUCUGCCCGGAGGGGAUGGUGCUGCACUCGGACUGGAAGACUUGUAGAGAUGUGGACGAGUGCUUGGACGCCUCGAUAGCCAGUCGGUGCCCAGGGGGGUGCGUCAACACGCCUGGGUCGUUCACGUGUCUGGAGGAGGCCUCCACUACCAGGGUGCCGGCGGACGCGACCAACCCCCCACCGGAGAAGGGCAAACGAGGCCGGCCCCAGGACGACGACGGCGCCGAGGAUGAUGAGGACGGAGAGGACGAGGAGGGUGCUGAGGACCGGUGGGGAAGUAAGACUAGCGGGGACGACUGCCAGCCCGGGUACCGGCGCGAUGACGGGGGCGAGUGCAAAGACGUGGACGAGUGCACCGAGCAAGAGACGCGCUGCUCGCACGAGUGCUUGAAUGAGCCGGGCUCAUUCUCGUGCUCGUGUCCGGCCGGCUACGACCUGGCGGAGGACGAGGCGACUUGCGUUGACGUGGACGAGUGCUCGGAGCCCGACCACGGCUGCUCCCACACGUGUGUCAACCAGGUGGGGAGCUACCGCUGCGAGUGUCCACCGUCGUGGUCGCUGUCUGCGGACCAGCGCACCUGUUCGGAGGAGGAAGCGGGUUGCCAGGACGCGGGCUGUUCCCACUCCUGCCUGGUCGUGGAGGGUCGAGCGACGUGCCAGUGCCCCGGUGGGCUGCACCUGGCCGACGGAGAACCCCGGCGCUGCGUGGACCUCGACGAGUGCGCGGCGGGCAACGGCGGCUGCUCGCACCAGUGCGUCAACGAGCAGGGUGGCUUCCGCUGCCAGUGCCCGGAUGGCUUCUGGUUGGACGACGACGAGCGCACCUGCGUGGACGUCAACGAGUGCGAGGAGGACAACGACGUGCAGGGUGGGCCCUCCUGCAGCGACCACUGCGUCAACACGGAGGGUAGCUUCUACUGCAGCUGCCCCGAGGGCACGGUGCUGGCUGCGGACGGCAGGACGUGCGAGGUGGACGCCGACGAGCAGCGCUGCCCGGACGACCACGGCUGCUCGCACCAGUGCGCCCGGGACAAGGGGCACCACGUGUGCCUGUGUCCGCAGGGGCUCACUCUCGCCGCCGACUCCCUGACCUGCCAGGACGUGAACGAGUGCGAGGGGGAGAAGCCCUGUGAACAGCUCUGCGCCAACGAAUUGGGAAGCUUCAGGUGUUCCUGCUUGCCGGGCUACACAUUGGACGCGGACGGCCGUCGCUGCCGCGACGUUGACGAGUGCGCCGAGAACGACGGCGACGCCACGCGCGCGCGCUGCUCCCACAACUGCACCAACGUGCCGGGCUCGUUCCACUGCGGGUGUCCUGCCGGCCAUCGGCUAGGCGCCGACGGGCUCACGUGCGAGGACGUGGACGAGUGCACAUCCGUGACCGCGGACGGCGAGCCGACGUGCACCCACGAGUGCGUCAACGAGGUCGGGUCGUACCGAUGCAAGUGCCCGCCGGGACUCGGACUGCAGGCCGAUGGCCGCACCUGCGAGGAUAUCGACGAGUGCGCCGACGUGGGGCACGGUUGUUCGCACACCUGCGACAACUGGGUGGGCAGCUACCGCUGCAGCUGCCCGGAUGGCCUGCAGCUGGGUCAGGACGGUCGCACCUGCGAGGACGUGGACGAGUGCGCAGGCGCAGACCACCAUUGCUCGCACGAAUGCGUCAACGAACACGGGGCAUACCGAUGCGUGUGCCCGUCCGGGUACACCCUCAUCGACGACAACCGCACCUGCGAGGACGUGAACGAGUGUGAGUCUGGAAGCAACAGCGUCCAUGGUGAUCCAGCCUCGGAGGAGUCGCCCUCCCCCUGCCAACACCGAUGCGUAAACGAACCGGGCUCCUACCGGUGUGAGUGCGCAGACGGUUACCGCGUUGACCCGGCCGCCCCGGGUGCGUGCGUUGACGUGGACGAGUGUGCGGAGGGCAACGGGGGCUGCUCGCACGAGUGUCGCAACCUGCCGGGCGGCGUGGAGUGCUCCUGCCCGCCGGCCUUCACCCUGCAGCCCGACGGGCGCGUCUGCCACGCGGAUAACGGCUGCCACGUCAACAACGGCGGAUGCGCGCACGAGUGCCAUUUCAACGGCACCGUCUUCUGCCUGUGCCGCGAGGGCUUCAUCCUGGACCCAGCGACGGGCCGGCACUGCGAGGACGUGGACGAGUGUGCCACGCGCGUCCACGGCUGCGCGCAGGUCUGCGUCAACACGCCGGGGUCCUUCCGCUGCUCCUGUCGCGAGGGCUUCGAGGCGCCCGCGGACAGCCCCAAGGACUGCGUGACGACCGGGCCCACGGACCCGUGCGCGCAGGGCAACGGCGGCUGUUCGCACCGCUGCUCCGUCGUGUCCGGGGCCGCGCGUUGCACGUGCCCGCCCGGAUACCGGCUGAGUGAGAGCGACGGUCGCACCUGCGAGGACAUCGACGAGUGCAUGCAGAGCGACGACGAGGACGAUGGUGACGCUGGCAGUGGCCGCCUGUGCGCGCACGCCUGCGUCAACACCCCGGGGAGCUACCACUGCGCGUGCUCGCCGGGCCACGCAGCCCCGGUAGAUGACCCGCACGCCUGCGAGGACGUCGAUGAGUGCGCCGACGUGGAGCAGGGUGGCUGCUCGUACUCCUGCGUCAACACGCCGGGCAGCUACCGCUGCACCUGCCCGCCGGGCCACCGGCUCCUCGCGGACGGGAGGACCUGCGCCGCGGACCGCGACCACUGCCUGGACAACAACGGCGGCUGCUCGCAUGGCUGCAGGACCACCGCUCACGGCGUGGCGUGCGAGUGCCCGGACGGCUACCGCCUUGACCCGGUCAACAACAGCACCUGCCUGGACGUGGAUGAGUGCGCCCUCGACAACUUUGCGUGCUCGGGGCAGUGCGUCAACACCCAGGGCAGCGCGUACUGUCUGUGCGCGCCCGGCCACGAGCUCGGCGCGGACAACAAGACGUGCGUGCCCGUGGACCCCUGCCAGGACGCCAACUGCUCCCACCAGUGCGAGGUGGAGCCACCCGGGCAAGCGCGGUGCACCUGCCCACCCAGGCACCGUCUGCUCGACGACAAGAAGUCGUGCGUGGAAGUGGAUCCGUGCUCCGAGGACAACGGUGGCUGCUCGCAUAUGUGCGCCAGCUCGGACGGCACCGCGCACUGUUCCUGCCCCGAUGGCUUCGUCCUGCAGGAGGACCUCAAAUCCUGCAACCCGCUGGAUAAGUGCGCCGUGGACAACGGCGGCUGCUCGCACGCGUGCGUGCACGUGGCGCGCGAGGAGAGCGUGCAGUGCCGUUGUCCGGAGGGGUGGGAGCUGGAUGGCCGGGGCAAGCACUGCCGCCUGAGGGACCCCUGCGAGCGGGAGAACGGCGGCUGUUCGCACGCCUGCGUCCCCAAAGUUGGUUCCGGGGAGGCGCAGUGCCGCUGCCCGGAGGGUUGGGAGCUGGACGCCGGUGGUAAGGAAUGCCACCUUCAGGACCCUUGCGAGAGGGAAAACGGCGGCUGCUCUCAUUCGUGUUCUGGCCAUGACGGUAAGGUGCAGUGUGGUUGCCCCGAGGCCCAUGCACUACGAGACGACAACAGGACGUGUGUGUUGAGUGACUUGUGCGCGGUAGACAACGGUGGCUGCCAGCACUCCUGCUCGCUGGCAGCCCCUGGCGUGGUGGCCUGCUCUUGCCCCGAGGGUCAGACCCUCACGGCCGACAACCGGACGUGCUCGAUGAGCGGGGGGUGCGCGAUCGACAACGGGGGCUGCUCGCACACGUGCGUCCAGACGAAGGAUGAGGUGGCGUGCAGCUGUCCGGAGGGCUUCGAGCUCGCCGCGGAUGGGCUGCAGUGCGUGCCAGAGGAGGGCGACGAGGAGAACGUAGUGUUGGUGGAGGCCCCGGUGGGCCCCUGUGCGAGCGCCAACUGCUCGCACGGCUGUAACGCGGUGUCGGGGGCCGCGGUGUGCACGUGCCCGCCGAGGACCAGGCUGGGCGCGGACGCGCGGACUUGCGAGGCGACGCGGCGCUGCGAGCUGGACAACGGCGGCUGCUCGCACAUCUGCCGCCCGCCCACCAGCGCGGAUGCCGACGUGACCUGCGCGUGUCCUCCAGGCAAAGACCUGGACCCCAAGGACGCCGCGACCUGCCGGCCUCGACGCAGUUGUUUGGUGGAUAACGGCGGCUGCUCGCACGAGUGCGCUGACCGGGAAGACGGCGGCGUGGAGUGCGCUUGUCCUGACGGCUGGGACCUGGACCCCGACGACCGCGUCUGCCACCGGCUAGUCAGCUGCGGCGAGGAGAACGGCGGCUGCUCCCACAACUGCUCCAUCUCCGCGGCCGGCGAGCCCGUGUGCUCCUGCCCCGAGGGCUUCGCGCUCGACGAGGACGACGCCGCCUCCUGCAGGGACGUGAACGAGUGCGAGGACGAGGACGCCGGCUGCUCGCACAUCUGCGAGAACACGCAGGGCAGCUUCCGCUGCUCGUGCCCAGUCGGCUUCCGCCUCCAGGAUGACGACGUGACUUGUAGGGACAGGGACGAGUGCGCGGUGGGCAACGGCGGCUGCUCCCACUCCUGCACCAACACGGCGGGCAGCUUCACGUGUGGCUGUCCCCACGGCUUCUCCCUGGACGCCGAGGGCAAGACGUGCCACGAUGUGGACGAGUGUGGGCGCGGAAACGGCAACUGCUCGCACUUCUGCAUCAACACCAUGGGCGGGCACCGAUGCGGCUGCCCCGUCGGGCUCCGCCUCUCCGACUCGGGCAAGGACUGCGAGCGCGCUCACCACUGCAGCCCCGGCUGGGAACCGGCACCAGCCGAGGAACAGGAUGCCAGAGACGGCGACGGCGAGGAGGACGGGGAUGUGCAGGAGGAGGAAGAGUCCGGCGGGCCCGGCUGCCGGGAUGUGAACGAGUGCGCGGGAGACCAUGGCUGCCAACAAAUAUGCGUCAACACGCCGGGCUUUUAUCGGUGUGAAUGUUUCGACGGAUAUACGCCCGUGGGGAAACGCUGCAUAGGUUCGUCAGCUGCCGUGGCCCCACCGUCGCCCACAUCACUGCCAGCGCCACCUCAAACAUUUACCCAUGCAGUAACUCCUACGAUGGCACCGACUUCGACGACGACCUUCUCUACCUUCCCCACGACCAUCUCUACUUUUCCCACGACCAUCACCACCAUCCCUACAGUGACAACGACAGCGAUGACCACGAUCACUGCCGGAACCACCCCAAGCUCUUCCACGACUCAUCCCCCUUCCUCCACAUCUCCUCUGCCGGUUGUCACAACUCUUUCUCCGGGAGUGGAAGUACUGUCUCCCUCCAACAGACCGCCUUUACCGUCCAACGUUGACGACCCGCUGGUCUUGGUGACGUCGCCGAAAACGCCCCGCUUCGCCGCCGCCUCGAGCACCGCGGCGUACACAGAGACCACCCGGACUCAGGGCUGCGCCCCGAUGCCCGCCCCCGCCGGCGGGGAGGUCCGCUGUCCCGGCCUGAGCCCGUCGCCCUACGGUCUCUACCCGGUGGGCACCCAGUGCUCUGUGCGCUGCCCAAGAGGCUACCACCUGUCGGGGCCUUUGUCCAGGGUGUGUCUGCCCGGGGGCCGCUGGUCGUCGACCGCUGCCUCCUGCGUCGCGGCCCCCGCACCGUGGAUCCAUUGUCCGGGCGCCAUCAACGUGGAGAUACCGCCGUCUCGGGAGCGGGCCGUUAUCAACAUCCCCCGGCCGGCGUCCAACGUAGACUGGUGGAGGCAUGUCGAGUCCGUGCCGGUGUGGGGUAAGCGGCUGUCGGCGGAGCUCGGCCCGGGCUCGUACACCAUUACCUUCGUGGCCAGCAGCCCCGUGAGCCGUGCGAACUCCUCCUGUUCGGUGCCCAUCCUUGUCCGGGACGUGGAGAGGCCGCGCGUGUGGCGCUGCCCGCUCUCCUUUGAGGUGCACCUGUCCCCCGGCGAGGCCUCGCGCCCCGUCUCGUGGGUCGAGCCGCACUUCACCGACAACGUUGGCGUGGAGGCUUUGCUCCGGACCAAGGACCCCGGCGAAUCCCUGUCGCCCGGACUGCACUACGUGACGUACCUCGCCCGAGACGCGGCGGGCAACCGAGCCAGCUGCCACUUCAGCAUCGGGGUCAGAGAGUACACCUUCCCGUUUUCGCGAAGUGCCCAGAGGCGCACUGGCUACCACAACCACCAGGGCUACUACGCGCAUCACGCUUACGUCAACGGCGGCAGUAGGGAGCGGCCGCCAGCGGAGCCCUGCCUCAGAGGAACAACACCUCGGCGCACACCAUCUGGGGUGGUGCGUUGCGUGGCCGUGGCCGCCGCCACCGCGCCCGCCAUGCAGGUUUGGCCGCAGCACGCCCAAACCCAGCAGAGGACGCCCGCCAUCCCGGCGACCCUCUCCGUCCGCAGGUGGGCCACGGGACCCGCCGUCAGGCACGUCUCGUCCAGGACGUCCUUCUCGUGGGACCUGCCGCGGAGCGCACCGUCCACCACAACCUCCCCCGCCACCACCACUACCACGACCACCACCGGCCGGCCAGGAGCAGUCCCCGGUGACUCGGUGUACGAGGAGAGCGUGGCGGGCGCGCAGUCCGUAACGACGAGACGCUUGGAGCAUCACCGCAUCCGUCACCACCACGGCGCGGCCGGCGUGGCGUGGGAGGAGCGGCGGCGGCGCCUCGCGCAGUACCACCUGGACCAGCUGCGGAAGCUGAACGUGCGAGAGUGUCCGUGACCGGCCGGGAGGGAAGGCCCAGCCCCAGCGCGCGCUACAGCCACGUGGCUGUGGCUAUAUCAUUCGAAGACCAUCACACCUAAUUUGUCAAAAAAUAUAUACAUGACUGAACAAAUCACUUUCUUUGACAGAGAAGAUUCGUCGUUAGCGUUGAAUAGCAUUUUACAGUAGGUUCUUCCUUUCUUUCUUUUUAUUUUACAAGUAAUCAAGCAUUCCAAAAAUAAGGAUUGAUGACUGAGAAAAGUGGAAAUUUUGCACUGAAACAAUGCACCGAAUGAGAGAAUGAUAAUGUAUUGAUACCAUUUACAUCUCAUGCACUGUUCUUGUGUUUCUAAUAGAUACAUAGGUCAAAAUAAUAAAAUUCCUUCAAAUUUCUCAAA